CACCGCCUCCCUUUGCCCGGUGGUGGCGGAGCGGAGCGGAGGCGCCCGCGGCCUGCCCGGCCCCAGCCCCAGCGCUGCCGGUGCGUGCUCUUCUUCCUGACUUUGCAGAAAAAUGGCAGUCGACUUCCUUUUGCAUGAGAAGAUCUGGUUUGAGAAAUUCAAGUACGAUGAUGCUGAGAGAAGAUACUAUGAGCAGAUGAAUGGGCCAGUUAGCAGUUCUUCACAGCAACAGGAGAACGGAGCCAGCACGAUCCUACGCGACAUUGCCAGAGCCAGGGAGAAUAUCCAGAAAUCGCUGGCCGGACAGAAGACAGUUCCGCAUAGUAAAGAAGCUUCCUCUGCCCGUCACAAGAGGCAGUCAGGCCGCUCAACUAGCACAAGCACAACCUCUUCUGGGCCUGCUGGUGAUCAAAAUGAACUCAUUUCCAGAAUUUCUCACCUGGAGGUAGAAAACCAAAACCUUCGCAGUGUUGUUGCAGAUCUUCAGCUGGCCAUCUUCAAAUUGGAAAGCCGCCUGAAUACUCUGGAAAAAUCUACCUCCCAUCAGCCUGCAUCGAUUCCACCAACCCAGAAAGUGGAACCAUUCAGUGUUCCCUCCAAGAAAGUGGAGCUCCCAUCUGCUUCAAUUGCAAAGAAAGUUGAGCCAACUGCUGCAGAGGAUGAUGAGGACGAUGACAUCGACCUUUUCGGUAGUGAUGAUGAAGAGGAAGACCAAGAGGCUGCCAAAGUCCGAGAAGAGAGACUGCGUCAGUAUGCAGAGAAGAAGGCCAAGAAACCGGGUCUAAUUGCCAAGUCUUCUAUCCUUCUGGAUGUUAAGCCAUGGGAUGAUGAAACUGACAUGACAAAGAUGGAGGAGUGUGUCCGAUCCAUCCACAUGGAUGGGCUUGUGUGGGGAGCCUCCAAGCUGGUCCCAGUAGGCUAUGGCAUUAAGAAGCUCCAGAUCCAGUGUGUAGUGGAAGAUGACAAAGUGGGGACAGACAUCCUGGAGGAAGAGAUCACCAAGUUUGAAGACUACGUGCAGAGCGUUGACAUUGCUGCUUUCAACAAGAUCUAGAAGCAAACCUAUAUCCUCUCUGAAAGCAUAAUUAAUAAAGGUCAAGAUUGGGAGUGCA